CGCACGUGUGUGGUGGUAGUGGUAUGGGGACCGGCAGGGCAGCCAGUAAGGCUUGGAACUGUGCCGAGGUUACUCCCUUGCCGCGCCAUCUCCGUCACCGCUACCGCACGCGGACGCCCAAAACCUAGCACGUUACGGUUUCUGCUGCGACGAAUGAAUUAGGAACUACAUUUUGGCGUCAUGUCCACGAGCCCGGGAUGUCCUGUGAUAUAUAUAGUUCGCCACAGUAUUCCCCUACAGUUGGAUAUUAAGGAUUGACUAUUAUAAGAAAGAUGGUGCCAGAAAGUGCUUAAUAACUGUAGUGAGGAUGAGUGUAGUAGACGAUGACGAGUGUGUGCGAGGAGGGGCGUGGGUUGGAGUCAGUGAAAGGUAGUGAGUGGCCACACAGUCAUGGGCCUCACCGAGAGUAACCAGAGUAAGGGAGCCAGCGGCUGGGGGCCGAGCAAGUCCCGCAGUACACCGCAUUUUCCGGACGGUCGCUCGUAUCAGAACCGACCCCGACAAGCAGCCACUUUACCAGCACGGCCCACUCCAGACAGCGGCCACCCCCCGCCUUAUAACCUCCCCCGUACCCCCGUGCACGACCCAGGUGCUCUGGGCCACGACCCACGCCCGCCUGAAGUAGUGUUACAUCGCCGAGAUGGUCCUUCGCUGGCAGAUCGAAGUCCCGGUCAUCGAUCUAUGCCCCCUCGUCGCUCGGCCUCAGCUGACAGUGUUAAACGAAGGUCUGACCCGCUUCUGGACUCUGUAACCAUUAAGCAAAUCCCACAGGUGAAGGCUCUCCAUCGUGACAACCCCUCUAUGUUCUCGUCCCGCCCUGCCAUUUCGCCACCAUCCAGCCCUCGCCCAAACUCCCGGCCUCGCCCUACUGCAAUAUAUGUGGCGGACGAUCAAGUUGCACACCUGGUGAGGCACCGGGAGGGAAGGCCGAGGGAGCGAGGACACCAUAGUCGUGUUCCCCACAGCGGCACUCGUGGGCUUUCUGGGGAGGAGGGCAGGGAGAGGACUCGAAGCUCAUGUGAGCGACGUCAGAGAGGGAUUCACGUAUCCACUCUCACUUUGACACCACAAUGCCUGAAAGAAUCAGGAAGUCGUGCCGACGACCAGCCACGACCUACGCCACGCCAUCAGAGGCGGAAGAAAGAUAACAAUAAGCCACGUACCAGAGUAGAGUACAGUGCCUCUGAGGGCUUACAGGGUGACCCCUACGUCUCCCUCCACUACGGCGGCACCCUGGACGAUGGCCAGAAGAAGCAGCUACAACAGGUGACGGCUUGGCGGACAGGUCAUGAAGAAGAAAAAGUCAGUAGGUCAAAUAGCCAGUUAUCACAGGUGGUCAUCCGCAUGAACCAGGUGUCCGCCACCACCCUGGACAACUACGACGCCGUCAACGCCAACGUAGAGAGCGUGCAGAUGAGGAGAAACGUGUGGUUUCACGCCAAUCGGACCGCUGACACGAGCAGUGAGAGGCCACCAAGAAACACCACCAAGCCCUUCAACUCCCCAGCCUUGAGUGACCACUCGUUGGGAGGUAACAUGGGUGAGACUGACAUGAUACGGUGGCCCGACGUGACCAGCAAAGUGUCGUCUCUAUAUAUGAGGCCUGAGAUGCACAUCGCGGCAGUGUCGUGUAUCAGGGAGGGUCGAGAGAUCGUCUAUGGUAGUGACAGUCCAACAAGCGGCCAUGGCACCAAUUCCUACCGUACUUCUUCACCUGGUUAUUCAGGCCUCGCCCGUCACGACCCAAGUGGCCGCGAACAUGAGUAUGUUAGGACCAGGGAAUCGGAAAAACAGAGGGGCGGAAGUUCGGAACAAGGAGCAGCGCGACAGUUCAGCAUAUAUGAUGACAGAAGAAAUUACUCUAAAGCUCCUGGAAGAAGAAAGAAAAAGUCAGUAAUGGUUCCUAUGAAUACCGAAAAAAGAGGAGAAAGGAGGCUGGCUUCCCUACCCACCACUAACCUCACACAGCUCGAACUUACAUCUCGAAUCAAAGGCGAACCGACCUCGGAGUCUGUCAUGCUGAGACACUCACGAUCAGACGAUGAAAUUAAAAAGCAGACAGAAAAUAUUCUUUGUUCACCAAGUAACGCCCAAAAUAACUAUUACAGCCCACCGAACAAUCUCCGGGAGAAAAAUGCUGUUUUCCCACCAAUUAAUACCCAAGUUGAAAAUUUUACUAGCACGUCAAAUAAAAGUCAAAGUGCAGACAAUAUUGACACUUCACCAGACAUGGCUGAAGAUUUGAGUUCACCAGACAGUGCUGCUCAGCGUCCAGAUAAUAUUGAUAAGUCGCCCAACAAGGCAUUGGCAGAACUCAAGUUUGGGCUGAAUAAUCACGUUGAGGAUUACACUAUAAUCGAAGGUAAUGGUGUGGUGAGUCACUAUUACGGGUGUGGAGAUAGUGACCAGGAGCCCGAUGACUCACCCUCUAGUGCCAGACUAGGGUAUGAGCCGUUAUCUGCGGGGAGCAGCCGACCUGCUAGUGUAAUGGAAGAGUCGGUAUGUGAGGACACACGAGAUAGUGUAGCCGCGUCUUGUGAUAGUGCUGAUAAAGAUUACGGUGCAGAUAGUCACUGGUGCAAAGUAAAUAGUUUAACGUGUACGUGUAGUGAGCCGGAAGAAGACGCGGGAUGUUCUCCGUCAAGAGUGAAACAGGUUCUUGAUGACACUCCCCCCACAUACUCUCAGGACUCGGGUCAGUAUUUACUCAAGGAUCAGUGUUCUUUACCUGGUGAUAUAUUGCCUCAAAAGCACCAAUCUGAAUAUGUUGAUCAGCCAGAAAGUAGAGCGUAUGCAGAAGCCCUCCGGGUGUUAGAGGAAAAACGCUGGGCCGACACACUGUCAGGGUACCCUAGUGCGUUAUCCCAUAGCCAUCAGUGCCUCAAUAAAUGGACUUCUUUACCGCGACACCUCCAGCCCACCAGCCCAAAUGCCGCCCACUCUGUCACACCUGCAAAUAAGAUGAAAGGUUUUAGAAACAGAUUUAGAAGUUUGGACGUAGGAAACUUUUCGGUGUUGCGACUGCCUUUGGGAAAUCAGCCCAGACUUGUGGACGUGCUGCGGGGAGCUGUGCCUAGGGUCGAGACUACCCUUGACCCGCCCCAGGAAACAGCCUUGGGUGAGGAGGAACACAACGACCACACCGGUAAAGUUACCAUGCAGCCUUCUGGUGAGGAUCCUGGUAGUAAUGAGGCUGUUACAUUAGUGUCUUAUUCUCAGUGUUGUCCUUCUCCGCCGGCGCCGGGGAAGGACGAACAUAGUAAUGGUUGUGGCGCCUUAGAAGGGACUGAGUGUGACGCCCCAGGUGGUGAUGGGGUAAUUAGCCCAGAAAGUGAUGGCUCCGAUGUUGUGACUGAGGGUGAGCCUCUCCUCUUCCUGGAUGACAGUGAAAUGGCCACUAUCAGAAAGAGUGAGGCUACAGGUGACGGCGGUGGGAGUUGGGAUGCGUUGUGUGAGGAGGAGCGGCGGCGUGGCAGUGACCCGGGUGCUAACACGUGUCAACCAACGGUGGUGAGGCGGGAUGGACACACUGCCGGGGAUGCCGCCCACACCUGGCACCCUCGCCCUGAAGGUGCCACCCACACGUGGCACCCUCGCCCUGAAGGUGCCACCCACACGUGGCACCCUCGCCCUGAAAGUGCCACCCACACGUGGCACCCUCGCCCUGAAGGUGCCACCCACACAUGGCACCCUCGCCCUGAAAGUGCCACCCACACGUGGCACCCUCGCCCAGAAGGUGCCACCCACACGUGGCACCGGCACACCGGGGGUCAAGGUGCCAGGCCACGCUCCAUCCCUGAACUUCCUGCAUCCUUACUAUUCCCACAAACUUCCACUGCCUUACCUCACGCCACCACCGACGACCCCCCCAUCAAGGAGGAAGAUUUCUCAAACUUGUCUCGUCCAGUGGGUCGUCAUGCCCGCAAGCGCUCGUGGAGCCGACCCAGUGUCCACACCAUAGACUGGGACACUGAUCAGCCACCCACCCCGCCAGGUAAGGCACAGUAUAUAUCUUGUUUAAGGCCACACACGCAGCUUUUGUGACAGCUGUUGUCCUGAAGAAUUAUAAUACUAUACACUGUUUAUUCCAAUACUGUUAUACACAUUCUGCUUCCUAUUGUUACGUGCCCAGAUUAUUAUGGUUCAACUCUUGAUCCAGUACCAGCUAUACUGUACACCGUAGCUAGUAGUAUUGGGUGGGGGGUGAGAGGUAGGUGUGGUGAUAAUGAGAAGGAAAUUAGUGGCACAGUGAGAGGGAGUGUGGUGAUAAGGAGUGUAGUUGGGAUGUGUAUGGUGUUGGUAGGAGUAGGAGUAAUAGUAGUAAACCUAGAGUAUGGGAUGGAGAGGUGGUGGUAGUAGUAGGUGGACCAGUAAACAUGUGUUCCUACCAUCAAGCCUAAGUACCGCACAAGUGGCAGUAAUGUUGACCACCUGACCCUACUUACCCUUGCCUGCUGCUGCUACUCAAUUUUUACACGCUCCCGAGAGCCCCUGACCACUCCACUCCCUGUAUAGUGACCCCGGGAGCUACGUGUAUCGCCUUCCCUUACUUUACGUUAU